AUGAAUUUCGAAACUCUCCAUUCAAUCUUAGCAAAAUCACUCACCAUCAUUGCCUGGCCUCCGUUUAGCUUGCUCUGUCCCUUAUACGCUUCUUUUAGGGCGUUGGAGAGUGAUUGCCGUUCCAAUAAUCAGCGAUGUCUUGCUUUUUGGGUUCUCUUUUCUUUCUCUAUGAUCAUCGAAUCUCAUUUUCCACUCUUAUUUAACUGGCUCCAAUGGUGGCCUCAUGUGAAAGGCGUGAUAACUAUUCUGUUGUUAAUACCUUAUUUUGGUGCUGCGCCGUACAUCUACAGGCUCUUAGUUAAAUAUUACUGUACGCGGAACAUAUUUGCAUGGACGAUGAACAUCUUCAAUCUGAAAAUCACACAAUUUGAACUGGGCGAGGAUAGAAAAGAGCAUUUAGAAUUGGAUGCGGACAGAAAAAUAUUUUUUGAAUCGGUUGAUGAUAGUGAAAGAGUCGAGAUCUCUGGUCAGACAAUUAUCACAAAUCAUUUACAAGAAAAGAAAGUCUUAAUAUAUCAGGGAAGAGAUGGUCUUGCUGGUUGUGAAAACACAAAAAGCGGUUGUACAAGUGAAAAGAAAGUCCAGAAGGAAUGGAGCUGUGCUUUAUGUCAAAUUAGUACUACAAGUGAAAACUGCUUAAGGUCACAUCUUCAAGGGAAGCAACACAAGACUAAGGAAAAAGAGCUUCGAGUCGGGUUACAUGCAACAGAUAUACCGUUCGUGAUAUCCUUUAACCAGGAAAGAAUCAAAGGAAUGGUUCUGCUUAGGAAUUUCAACAAAAUCGCGAACAUUCUGAAUCCAGUUUCCAGAUCCAUAGUAUGGUGUGAAUGGAAAAAGCCGGAAUUCGGAUGGACAAAACUGAAUACCGACGGUUCUGUAAAUAGAGAAACCGCUGGUUUUGGUGGUCUGCUUCGUGAUUACCGUGGCGAACCAAUUUGUGCAUUUGUCUCGAAAGCUCCUCAAGGAGAUACUUUCUUGGUUGAACUUUGGGCUAUAUGGAGAGGCCUUGUUCUCUCCUUUGGUCUUGGGAUUAAAUCAAUAUGGGUGGAAUCAGAUUCUGCGAGUGUUGUUAAUACAAUCAAUAGAAUUCAACAUUGUCCAAAGGCUGGAACCUGUUUGAAACAAAUCUGGAAGCUUUUGAGUAAGUUUGACGAGUAUCGGAUUUCUCACUCGUGGCGUGAAACUAAUAGAGCCGCAGAUCAUCUUGCAAAGAUGGAUCUUUGUGGAAAUGAUGUGGUUUUGUGGCCAGUUGAUUUUUCAGAUAGCCUUUGUAAUAUCAUUCAAGAAGAUGCCAGAGGAACAAAAUAUCUAAGACGGUGA